UCCUCCUCGCGGAGGUCAGACAGCGGAGGACGGGAACGGGACUCGGAAGCAGACCGGAAGCAGUGCGCUCCGGUGCUGUUUCUGUCUUUAAUCCGGGCCGAGCGGCACCAUGAGCAGCGGACUGUGUCUCAGAGUCCUGCGGGGAUCCGGCUCCGCUCCGGCAGCCUCCUCUGGCAGCUGGAGCCGGUUCCUGUCCCGGUCCGGAGCCCGCAGAGGACUGUCGGGGUCGAACAGCGGAACCAUGAACGUGUUCAACAGGGAGAUGAAGAAGAGGCAGAAGAACUGGGCCGGUUCUCUUCAGGACGGACAGCAGUACGACUACCUGAGGGACGAGGUUGGCAGUCGAGUGGCAGAUCGGGUCUAUGACAUCGCGAGGACGUUCCCUCUGGCUCUGGACCUCGGUGGGGGCAAAGGUCACAUAGCAGAACACCUGAGCCAGGAGGUGGUGGAGCGUUUGUUCCUCACCGACGGCUCUGAGGAAACUCUGAAGCAGAGGAGGAAGAGCGAGAUCCCGACUCGGUGCGUUCUCGCUGACGAGGAGUUUCUGCCGUUUAAAGAGAACACCUUCGACCUGGUGGUGAGCAGCCUGAGCCUGCACUGGAUUAACGACCUCCCUGGAGCUCUCAAACAGAUCCACCAGGUGCUGAAGCCGGACGGCGUGUUCAUCGGGGCGAUGGUGGGCGGGGAGACCCUGUACGAGCUGCGGUGUUCCCUCCAGCUCGCAGAGACCGAGAGGGAGGGAGGAUUCUCCCCCCACGUCUCCCCCUACACCGCCGUCACCGACCUGGGCAACCUGCUGGGCCGGGCCGGCUUCACCAUGCUCACCGUGGACAUUGAUGAAGUUCAGGUUCACUAUCCAGGAAUCAUCGAGGUUAUGACUGAUUUACAAGGUAUGGGUGAGAGUAACUGUGCCUGGAACAGAAGGUCACUGCUACACAGAGACACCAUAUUAGCAGCAGCUGCUAUUUAUAAAGAGAUGUACGGGAGCGAGGACGGGUCCGUCCCCGCCACCUUCGAGAUCCUCUACAUGAUUGGCUGGAAGCCUCAUGAGUCACAGGCCAAACCAGCGAAGCGAGGCUCGGCCACGGCGUCGUUCGGGGAUUUAUCAAAGAUCAGCCAGCCGACCAACAGCAACAAAUCAUAGCAGCAUCAGAGCUAAUAAACACACUCUCUCUCUCACACACACACACACACACACACACACACACACACACACACACUGUACAUAAUAUAUUGUAUGUUAUUUAACUGAAGGAGGAGAAGGGUUGUACUUUAUUAUCUGGAUUAAAUUUGAGCAAUUAAAAAAAAACUGCUUCAUGAGAA